AUGGGGCCGGUCCACAAGCGCGUGUGUCUGCCGCUCUUGGUGGCUGUCUUGACGCCCGCUGUUGUGCUGAUAGAGUUUGACGCGUGUCGGUCCCCAACGCAUUUGGCAGUGGUUCCGAAUUCUCAGAGUCGCAGCGCAGCUCUUUCCGCACACAGCCCUUUUUUUGAUGCGUUCCGUCGGACAGCGUCGUACGGCUUUUCGUCGCCUGGGGACGGGCAGGUGACCUCAAUAUGCCCCAAUGGGCACCGACACGGGAGCCUGCUGGUGGCGACGGCUGCCUCCGAGUUGCCAAAGACAACUGCCGUCCGCACGUUCCCAACUGCAUCUGUCGCCGGCGCAGGUGGACGAAGACCUCACUUUCGACCCAUUCUGCCCCGUCCUGCUCCAGCUCCAAGAGCUGUCUCGGCUACCGUCUUCCUUCGGCCACCUUCCCCUGCGCAGCGGCCGCCUGCGGCGCCAGCACUGGGAAUUAGCAGCUCCACAGCUCCUCGCGACGGCCCUUGGCCUGGCCGACCCCGGCUUGCUGGACCCAUUUCAUCGGUCCUCCCGGUCGUUUCUGUCCAGCUGCAAAAAGCGUCGCUGCCGGGGCUACUUGGGCAACCUGUCUACGUGGUCACAGCUCCACAGUCGACGGGCGUUAACGGCGGACCGCAACAGACGGUCACGCGCAGCUCUGGACAGCCCCCCGUUAGGCCUGCCUCGCCGCCGCGUGUUGCCAGGCGCGCAAACAGGACCGUGCCUGGCUGCGCGGGCUCGCCCAGGUGCCUCCACCUGCCUCCACCUGCUCAGUUGCCUGCGUCACCUCAAGCGCUGCAUGCGACGACCUUCCCGACUUCGACGCCAGAACCCGGCGCCUCUGCUAAGGCGUUUGCCGCGCUGGACGCGGGAUUAAAUCCUUUGCGUUCGGGAGGUGCGAAUCCAGGUGUCCCCACGCAGUCACGGCCUGGCGUGCCGGGAGAGCGGGAAUCCCGCGUGUCUGCGCGACGUGCGAACCCCCUCAAGCGAAGCCGUUCCGAGUCGCCAACUGGGGAAAGACGCUGGGCUUCCUCGCCUCCACCCUCUUCAGGCCUCAUGCGCAUCGUUUUGAGCAUCCUACUCAACCGUUUUGCGGAGGGUCGGUGGCAGGCGGCGCGCCCCCCCUCCGGCAGCCCCUUUCCCGGCGCUGCCGCUGAGGCUGUGCGUCCUCGUGCGCCGCCGUCCCGAGCGGAUCAGCCCCAAACAUCCGAGCCGGUGUCUCCAGGGAUGCCAGGGAAAAGGGCUGGCGAAGUGAGCGGAGGACUGGGCGAGUCGGGAAACUGCACGACAGGCUGUUCGAAGGCACCGGUUCCGCAGGAAUCCAGUUCAAGGCGCACUGGGGGAGGCGUAGGCAGUCCCGCGCAGUCAAAGCCCAAGUUCCGGAGGCCGUGGGAGGACGACGACACAACUGAGGCGGCCGCGGGGCCGUCGGCGUCGCCAAGUUGGAGACACAAGAAAUUCAGAGGCGCGAGCGAUGGUUCAUGGGGAGAGUCUUAG